CUGUCUCCAAACGGCCUUUUCUGGCUGCCCACACACGCUUCUCCUCCGGUCCCGUGAUGGACAACCUCGGACAGACAAUUACCUCUGAAUUUUCCCAGGAAGUUCAGCGUGAGUUUCGAACACCGGAGUUUGAAGAAUUUAACGGGAAGCCGGAUUCCCUUUUUUUCAAUGAUGGCCAGCGGAGGAUCGACUUCGUGCUGGUGUACGAAGAUGAAAGCAGAAAGGAGAGCAACAAAAAGGGCUCGAACGAAAAGCAGAGGAGAAAAAGGCAAGUGUACGAAUCCAAUCUCAUCUGUGAUGGCCUGCAGUUGGAAGCAACAAGAUCUGUUUUGGAUGACAAACUUGUGUUUGUAAAAGUGCAUGCACCCUGGGAGGUGUUAUGUACAUAUGCUGAGUUAAUGCACAUCAAAUUGCCUCUGAAGCCCAAUGACCUUAAAACCCAGUUCUCAGCCUUGGAUGGUUUCAACUGGCUUACCAAAGUCCUCAAAGUAGAUGAGACGCUCAUCAAGCCGGAGCAGGAGUUUUUCACAGCCCCAUUUGAGAAGAACCGGAUGAAUGAUUUUUAUAUUCACGAUAGAGACACCUUCUUCAAUCCAGCCACCAGAAGCCGCAUUGUUCACUUCAUCCUCUCUCGGGUCACGUACCAAGUACGGGACAACAUCAACAAGUUUGGGAUUAACAAGCUUGUGAGCUCCGGCAUCUACAAGGCAGCUUUCCCUCUCCACGAUUGCAACUUCGGCCACCAGUCAGAGGACCCUACCUGCCCUAGUGAACGGUACCUUCUGUACAGGGAAUGGGCCCAUCCUCGAAGCAUCUAUAAGAAGCAGCCGUUGGACCUUAUCAGGAAAUAUUAUGGAGAGAAGAUUGGAAUCUACUUUGCUUGGCUGGGCUAUUACACGCAGAUGCUCCUCCUGGCAGCGGUUGUGGGCGUGGCUUGCUUUCUCUAUGGAUAUUUCCAUCAAGAUAACUGCACGUGGAGCAAAGAAGUAUGCCAUCCUGAGAUCGGUGGCAAGAUCAUAAUGUGUCCUCAGUGUGACCGGCUUUGUCCGUUUUGGAAACUCAAUAUUACUUGCGAGUCUUCAAAGAAAUUGUGUAUCUUUGACAGCUUUGGAACCCUGGUGUUUGCAGUUUUUAUGGGAGUUUGGGUUACCCUGUUUUUGGAGUUUUGGAAACGGCGCCAAGCAGAACUUGAAUACGAAUGGGACACAGUUGAGUUACAGCAGGAAGAACAAGCCCGGCCGGAGUAUGAAGCACGGUGCAAUCACGUGGUAAUCAAUGAGAUCACCCAGGAAGAAGAACGUGUUCCAUUUACAACCUGUGGAAAAUGUAUCCGUAUAGCCCUCUGUGCGAGUGCAGUCUUUUUCUGGAUCCUGUUGAUCAUCGCAUCCGUGAUUGGGAUCAUUGUCUACCGGCUCUCCGUGUUCAUUGUAUUCUCUGCACAGCUUCCCAAGCACUUUAAUGGGACAGACCCGAUCCAGAAGUACUUGACGCCACAGACAGCCACGUCCAUCACUGCUUCCAUCAUCAGCUUUAUCAUUAUCAUGAUUCUGAACACCAUCUAUGAAAAGGUGGCCAUCAUGAUCACUAACUUUGAACUCCCAAGGACCCAGACUGACUAUGAAAAUAGCCUAACCAUGAAGAUGUUCUUAUUCCAGUUUGUCAACUACUACUCUUCCUGUUUCUACAUAGCCUUCUUUAAGGGCAAGUUCGUGGGUUAUCCAGGAGACCCGGUGUACUGGCUGGGAAAAUACAGGAAUGAAGAGUGUGAUCCAGGAGGCUGUCUCCUUGAACUGACGACUCAGCUGACAAUAAUCAUGGGAGGAAAAGCAAUCUGGAAUAACAUUCAAGAAGUAUUAUUUCCCUGGAUCAUGAAUCUAAUCGGACGGUAUCACACAGUCUCAGGAUCCGAACAGAUAACCCCACGAUGGGAUCAGGACUACCAUCUGCAGCCCAUAGGCAAACUGGGAUUAUUUUAUGAAUAUCUUGAAAUGAUUAUUCAGUUUGGGUUCGUCACCUUGUUUGUGGCCUCUUUCCCCCUGGCCCCGCUGCUGGCUCUGGUGAACAAUAUACUGGAAAUACGAGUGGACGCCUGGAAACUGACGACCCAGUAUAGACGGAUGGUGCCAGAAAAAGCCCAGGACAUUGGCGCGUGGCAGCCCAUCAUGCAAGGACUAGCCAUCAUGGCCGUGGUGACCAACGCGAUGAUCAUCGCUUUCACGUCAGAUAUGAUCCCCCGCCUGGUGUAUUACUGGUCCUUCUCCGUCCCUCCCUAUGGGGACCACGCCCACUACACCAUGGACGGCUACAUCAACAACACUCUCUCAGUCUUCAACGUCGUGGACUUUAAAAAUAAAAGUCGGGGAAAUCCGUACUCUGGACUUGGCAACCAUACGACAUGCAGGUAUCGUGACUUCCGGUACCCUCCAGGACACCCGCAGGAGUACAAACACAACAUCUACUACUGGCACGUGAUCGCAGCUAAGCUGGCCUUCAUCAUUGUCAUGGAGCAUAUCAUCUACUCUGUGAAAUUUUUCAUUUCGUACGCCAUUCCAGAUGUCUCAAAAAGGACGAAGAGCAAAAUCAAGAGAGAAAAAUACCUGACCCAAAAGCUCCUUCAUGAGAACCACCUCAAAGACGUCACCAAGAGCAUGGGCACACUCGCAGAGAAGAUGCUGGAAGCUGCCGUAGAGAACCAUUCGCGACCAAAAGUAGAAUAAGAGCUUUAUGUUCUGAGAAGCACUUUAAGGGAUUUAGCUCUGUCAAAAUAUAUUACAAAUCACUAAUGAGAAUGUUCAAGUUAAAUCACUUCAGCAAAUAUGAGUCUUAACUGCAGCCGUUUCCAUGGAGAUUAUUUUUCAGUUGCAGCAGCAAUGCAGGAAGUGGAAAACGUACAACUUAGAUCAAGAAGAGCAUAAAACUAAUCACGUGGAAAAUCUGAAAUAUGACUUUUUCUAUGAAUUGGAAUUUUAGCCACAGAGAACAGUCUGCCGGUGUGUGUAAAACCACCCGUUCUGAAGCAGAAUGGAUUCCUUUUUUGCCCCCCUUCGAAGCUGGAUGAUGUUGAUCCUGAUCUGCUCUCAGCCCCGUGAUGGGGAGCGCUUCAUUCCUUCACUUUGCCAGGCCCCUUCCAGGGUGAUCUUUCCCUUACCGAACCAUCAUGAAAGCUUAGACAUGCCACUGCCUUAAUCGCUUUUGUGUGAUGGAAAGGAACUGGGUCACAAUUCUGUUUGAAUGCUGUGUUAAGUGGCAAAGAGACUCAAGAACUCACAACAGCUGGCCGGGGGUUGGGAGUGGGUGUGUGUGUGUGUGUGUGGCUAUAUCACAUCCCUACAGAAAGGGCAGCCACCACUCACCAGAGGAAAUAGUUUCAGCCUUCAUUGCGGCCUGGCUCCGCAACGGAAAGAAGUACUCUUACUGGAGAGGGCAAGGUGGUAAGGCUUCUUUGUCCUAAUCCGCAGUGGCCUCAUUGUUUUCCAGAAGGGUUCUAUGCCUAAUCAACAUUGACUGCUUUGUAAAUCUCAAAGGAAUAAGAUGACAAAAGGGAGAAAAAUUAUGAUUUAAAUAGCAUUAUAAUUCAUAUUGACCAAAUUAAUGAAUUUAUCUCUUCUAAAGAUGUGUCUUUUCCUGAAGAAAUGGAAAAAUGAAAAAGUGCUAAAAUCGCAUUUGUAGCAACAUAAUGGUCUGGCAAAGUUGAGCUCAUCCAUUUCCCAUCAGUUGAUACAAGAUCUGCAGUAUUCCAAGUCACCAAGCAUCGCUACGAAUGGCUCACUGCAUAGCCAAUGUGGCAUCAGGACACUGUGCAUGUUGGAAGACCCACAAGUGCCCUAAUCGUCACCCUCAUGAUUGUGAGGGAGUGCCUUUCUUCAGAGAUUCUGCAUGACUUGGCGCUACUUCUCUCUGCCAACAUGAGCAACAUACAUACCAAAGCAUCUGCCAUGGUGAAUGUGGCUGCCUUACCCUUCCAAUCUCUUAUCCCAAGCUCAGCAUCGAAUGUGUAAGGAAGUGUCUGCCCAUACUGGAGGAGUGUUGAUGGUGGGGGAGGUAGAGACAGGUAUACCCAGAUUAUUCCUAAUCCAGAAAAGAGCCUCCUUGGGAAGUGAUUUGAGCUUCCAGCCUCCUUUAGAGUCCAUAGGCAGUUAAGGAUAGAAGCAGAGCUGUAGGAUUGCUCUUGGACCCCAACAUCAUCUGAUGUUGCCCCCCUGCACCACCAGGCAUUUUUUGCCCUCAGGUUUGACUAGUUUUAACUCUUUGCUCCUUUUAACCGCCAGGCCUUCUGAUAAGCUCUGACAGGGACAGGUGGGUGCUAGGCGCAGGAGGAGGUGACUUGCACCCUGUUCUCCUGGAUGGGUCUCUUCCACUGUGAUGCUGUUACAUGCUCAGGUGCUGCAGGAGUCAUGCUUCUUAGACUCUCAGCAGUGAAGGAAAAUGAAAAAGGUUUCCACGGUCAGGUUCUAGAAGCUUAGUACAACAGAGCAACUCCAGCAACACAGUUUAAAUGCCUGCCAUUAAAGUGUCCCCUUUAAAAAAAAAAUAGUAUGCUGGACUCAUCAAAGGUUUUUGAGCAUCCCAAUGAGCAGGGCUGGCAUCUCACCUUGGUAAUGAUGCCAUCAAGAGAGUGCUCAAGACAGACCACCUGAGGCCUGGCUGCACUGGGAGGGAUCAAAGAAUCUCUUCCCUCUUCUUGGUCCAUUACAACCUGGGCCAGGGAGCGCCACUGUCCCUCUCCCUCCCACCUGUGAUCCUGCUCCUGGAAGUGGGUGUGAUCACUUCCUCUCGGAUUACCUCUUCUCCUAGUGUUUGAUUGGACAAUUAUGUACGACCUGUCAGUGUUGAGAAGGGAAUCAUUUCACCUUAUCUCCUUGUACGUAAAGACAGUUUCAGAAGGAAAUGUGGACGUGUGUUUUUAUGGCCCCAGCUGAGAAAAUCACGGUCAUCAUAUUAAAUGUGCUGCUGUAGACAGGUGAGAAAAGGCUCUGUGCUUGUGAAGAUGGCAAAUGUGACAUGUCCCAAGGUCAGUCUGGUGCUGACUUGUUGCCGAUUAAGGGUGGACUCUGCAGGCAGCCGCGGGCAAAACCUGGGGAAAUGGUUGGGCACUGCUGCCCCGGACCCCAGAAGGGCGGAUCUGGCCAUAGGCGUUAACCACUAGGGAAAUUUUAGUUUUAUAUCCUUUCGUAAUGCCUGUGAAUUUUAAUAGAUUGAAGCAUUAGGCCCAUACACUCAAGGGGGUUUUCUUUAAAUGUCCCUAAGUACUUUAGAUGUGUCAUUAGAAAGGCAAGCUGUAGUUUCUGUUCAGAAGCUAAACAAAGCCAUCUUGUAAACUGUCAUCAAAUUCUUUUUGGGGCUGUUGGUGUUUUUUUGGUAUGUAUAUCUUGGAUUUCAGAAAACGUUCACUCACAACAGGGGCAGAAUGUGCUGUGUUGUUGAAACCUUUCUUGUGCCAUUUCCUCCGGUUCGUAUUUGAAGAUGUUUGGAAAGUUGAAAUGCAUGAGCAGCUUAACUAAGCCAGAACUGAAAUGUUAAUGAUGCUUUUCAGACACUGUGGCAUAAAAUGUAAAGUUUGUAAUGAAUGUUUGUUAAAGUUAAUUUCUAUGCAUUUAAAUAUUCUUUUAUAAUUGUGAGCAUUUUAAUAAAUUCAUUUUUACAAACAA